ACAGCAGGGAUCUUUUCAAGUUUUGGUCUGAAUAUGAAGUUAUGCAUCCACUCACCCCAAGACCUCUGGUCUCAGACGCAAAGAAAGCCAGGAAGAACUAUUGGAUAUCAGAGUGGUGGUAAUUCACCAGCACUACCAGCAUUACGACCAGGAAUACGACUUUCCCAAAGCAGAUCCUUAGUUCGACACCCACCAGGGCGAUUGAACUGAUUCCAGAAGCCAAAACAACGCCGGCAAAGGAGAGGUCUUCGGAGCUGUCUUCUAGUCCGACUUAGUAGGCCGCCCCAAGGUGCAGCAGGAGCAGCGCGAGGAGGAAUGGACAUGGGAGGACGAAUUGGACGGAAAAAGACCCUGUGCACAGCCUGGAGAAUAUCGCCGCCCCAAAGAAGAGCUGGAGGCGGGGAAGCCAGAGAGGCGCUGGUAUGAGGAGGCAGCACGGCGGCGUGGAUGGAAGCCCGAGAGUCAGCCCCAAAAAUGUCUUGGGGGUCACACAGGAGGUGUGGCGAAGCCAGGUAGGAGACCUGCGCCAACUUCCUGUGCUUACCGGGGGGCAAGAGAGACCAGGCAGGCACCGUGUUAUGCGGUGGAGCGCACGGUGUCCCCAGUGCGGGUGCAUAGCCCGGUGCGGUACAUACCAGCUCCGCGUAUCGGCCGGGCUAGAGUGAGCAUCGAGCCAAGUGCCAUGAAGCCGGCUCUACGCAUCUGGUCCCCAGUGCAUCUCCUUGGGCCGGCUUACAUGGUACCAGCCUUGCGCAUGGUGUCCCCGGUUCGCCUGCAUAGCCCAGUGCGGGCUAUUCCACCUCGCAGCACUGGCAGGGCGACCGGGAGCAUUCAACCGGGUAAAGUUGGGCAGGCUCGGUGCUCAAGAGCUCCAGUGCGCCUGCACGGUCCGGUCUAUCCAGUAGCACCUCCAAGCACCAGCCCUCCGGUGGCAGCACCCUGCACCAGGCUGUCUCUCCGUCUCAUCCCUACAGGUGCUCCCGCCUGUCCAGCACUGCCGGAGCCUUCCUCCUCUCCAGCACUGCCGGAGUCUCCCGCCUGUCCAGUGCUGCUAGAGCCUUCCUCCUCUAAAGCGCUGCCGGAGUCUCCCGCCUGUUCGGCGCUGCCAGAGCUCCCGCCCCUCAGUCCAGAGGCGCUAGAGCCCCUCAUUCCAGAGGCGCCAGAGCUACUCAGUCCAGCACUGCCAGAGCCUUCCUCUCCAGCGUUGCCGGAGCUUCCCGUCUGCCCAGCGCCAUCUGAGCCACCCGUCUGCCCAGCGCCGCCUGAGCCGCCCGUCUGCCCAGCGCCGCCUGAGCCGCCCGUCUGUCCAGCGCCGCCUGAGCCGCCCGUCUGCCCAGCGCCGCCAGUGCCGCCAGUCUGUCCAGCGCCGCCAGUGCCGCCAGUCCGUCCAGCGCCGCCAGUGCCGCCAGUCUGUCCAGUGCCGCCAGUGCCGCCAGUCUGUCCAGUGCCGCCAGUCUGCCCAGCGCAGAGGCGCCAGAGCCCCUCCGCCCAGAGGCGCCAGAGCCCCUCCGCCCAGAGGCGCCAGAGCCCCUCCGCCCAGAGGCGCCAGAGCCCCUCCGCCCAGAGGCGCCAGAGCCCCUCCGCCCAGAGGCGCCAGAGCCCCUCCGCCCAGAGGCGCCAGAGGCCCAGCCCCUCUGUCCCGAGCUUCCGCCCCUCUGUCCCGAGCUUCCGCCCCUCUGUCCCGAGCUUCCGCCCCUCUGUCCCGAGCUUCCGCCCCUCUGUCCCGAGCUGCCCCUCAGUCCAGUGGGGUCAUUUAGUAGGGUCACCGUGGUUAGGAGGCCACGGAAGCGGACAAGAAGGCGGACUAAGACAUAGGUGAAGUGGGGUCCGCGUCCUAGACCCGAGCCGUCCCCGCGGACAGAGGCCCACCCAGACCCUCCCCUACAGGUUAAGGUUUUGCG